AUGUAUUUUAACAUUUUUAUUUUUCUCAUAAUUUUAGUUUAUGAAAAUCAAUCAAGUUGUCAAAAUCCAAUAUAUAAUCGUAAAAAAAAUUAUGGAUUAAGUAAUGAACAAUUUAGAGCAAUACUAUUUGGUCUUAACUAUGAUUUCCCAAAUAAAAAUAACAUAGACAGAGAAAAUGUGGAAAAUCAUUCUUUAUUUUUCCGUAACUUUGUCGAUGAUGAUAUCCAAAUAAACAAACAAAAUGAAAAAACACAAUCACAAAUUGAAAUUAUGAAUAAUGAAAAAAUAAAAAGCUCUGGUACUAUACACGAUAAUAAAAAUAUCAAUAAUCAUUCUGUAACCAGUGGAAAUGAAAAACCAAACGAUAGAUUAUUACAAAAGACAUUGAGAAAAAAUAAAUUAAGUGAAAAGGAUAAUUCAUAUAAUAAUAAUAGUUCAACUAAUAUCAAUAAAAAUGAAAAUUCAGUAUUUAAUGAACCUACGAAUGCAAAUGAUUAUAUACGAAAAAAAGAGGACACUAAUGAUUUCAAACAACCAAAAACAUUACAAAAAAAUAUUAGUGUUAAAAGUAAUAAAGAGGAUCCAAACUCAUUAAAAGACAAAAAAAUAAAUAUAAAUGAAAAUAAAACACAAGGAAAUAUUAAUCAAAAUAUCCCAUUAAAUAAACCCGUAAAUAAUAUGACAAACAAAUUGGAUAAUCAUAUUGAAAAAUUUGUUAAAGAUAGUAAUGAAAUGAAUAACUCCAAUGUUCAAGAAAAACAUCAAGAUAAAGACUUAUUACAUAAUAAUGGAAAUAAUAAAGAUAUGCAAAUGGAUCAUAAUGAUGAACCACAAAUUUUGUCAAAUGGGAAAAAAAAACAAAAUACAAAAUAUAUAAGUAUAAAUCCUAGAACAAUAAAACAUAAAGAAGAAAAUGUAAAUUAUUCACCAAAAAAAAAUAUACCAGGUCUUCCAAAUUCAGGAAGUGACCUUUUGAAGGAAAUACAACCAGUGAAAUAUAAUGAAAAUAUAAAUAAAAAAUUAAAUGAUGCAUCUAAAGGAAAUGGAGAUUUACAAAAGACAACCAAAACUGAUGAAAACAUAUUUUCUGAAAAUAUCACUUUAAAAAAUAAAACUAAUGAUACAAAUUAUUAUAAAUAUUUUAAAUUGAAAGAAAAUGGAUUUAGAGGAUUAGGAAUAAUAAAUCAAUAUUCAUCAAAAGGGGGGUUUUCAAUAUCAGUUGAUUGCGGAGGAUAUAAUGAUUUAGAUGACAUUCCAGGAAUUUCUAAUUUAUUACAACGAGCUAUUUUUUAUAAGUCUAAAAAAAGAGAUACGACAUUAUUAAGUGAAUUAGGAGUAAGUUCACCAAAAUACAAUAGUCAUAUUAAUGAAUCUUUUACUAACUUCUAUGCAAGUGGUAAUUCUGAAGACAUUUAUUAUUUAUUAAAUUUAUUUGUCCAAAAUUUAUUUUAUCCAAUAUUUAAUGAAGAAUCCAUAGAAAACGAAGUUAAUGAAAUUAGUAAUAAAUAUAUUUCUAUGGAAAAUAAUCCUGAAACUUGCUUAAAAAUUACUAGCCAAUAUCUUACACAUUUUAAAUAUUCAAAUUUUUUCAUUUAUGGGAAUUACAUUACCUUAUGCGAAAAUAUUUUAAAAAAAAAAAUAGAUAUAAAGAAAAAAUUGUAUGAAUUUCAUCGAAAAUGUUAUCAACCUAAAAAUAUGUCAAUUAGUAUACUAUUGGGGAAAAAAACAAGCUCAUCAGAUCAUUACAACAUCAAUGAUAUUAUGAAUAUGGUUGUUCAAUUUUUUGGAGAAAUCAAAAAUUAUAAUUAUGAAGAAGAGAUUAAAAAAGAAAAUAACAUGGAAUUGGAAGAAAAUUUGCCUAAUAGACAAGUGAACAAUUAUAACGAUAAAAUUUUCACAUAUAAUGAUGCGCAAAUUAAUUUAAAUAAAGAAAUAAAUACUAAAAAUGGUAUGUCUAUUCCGUUUGUAAAUAAAUUAAAUUAUGCUCUUGAUUUAAACCAAAAAAGUAAGUAUAUAGAAAUUUUAAAAAAAGAGGGAUGGGAAAAUCAAAUCUUUUUAUAUUGGAGCUCUAAAAUUAAUAUUUAUAUAUAUAAAAAAAUUGAAGAAUUUAAGGUCAUGCGUUUUUUUCGUGAACUUUUUUCGAACUUCAGAAAGGAUGGAUUAUAUUAUAAAAUAUCUGUGGAAAACAAAUAUGCAUAUGAUUUUCAAAUUAUAAAUAUAUGCAAUAAAUAUUAUUUGAAUUAUGGGAUAUUAAUAAAAUUGACAGAGAAAGGGAAGAAUAAUUUAGCUCAUUUAAUAUAUAUAUUCCAAACAUUUAUCAAUGAAAUAAAUAAAUUAUUUGAUUACGAUAGUUUAAAUAAAGGUGUAAACAAAUAUAUUUUGAAUUAUUAUAGAGAAAAUACUUUAACCACUAAUAUAAAUUUUAGAAAAAAUGAUAUAAAUAUAUGUCUAAAUGAUUUAAUAAAUUAUUCUAACACAUUACUUAUUUACUCUGAAAAUCCACUUGAAUUUUUAACAAAUAACAAUUUAGUAGAAAAUAUAAAUAAAAAUGACUUUCGAAAUGAGAUAAAAAUUACCAGCUUAAUAGGUUCUCUUAUCAGAAAUGAAAAUAUGCAUAUUAUAAAUGUUGUAGAUAUAUUCACUGUAACAAAUCAAAUAAAAAUUCCAAACACUUCUAUCGAAUAUUCUAUAGGGGAUAACCCAUAUAUUAUUGAUGAAGGACAAAUUACAAAUAAUAUAAACUUUACACUUCCAGAAUUUAAAAAUUGUCCUUUUAGUAAUUUUAAGAAAAAUUCGAUUUUAAAUGAGAAUUCAUUUUUCUGUGUUUCCUACAAUAAUAAAGAAAAUUUUAAUUAUUCAAAAUAUAAUAAACAAACAUUUGUAUCAGAUGACAAUGAAUAUGUUAAAUCAAAUAUAUUAUAUAACAUACCUUGCUUGAUUAAAUCUUCUUAUGGAUAUAAUAUAUUUUUUAAAAAAGGUUUAACAGAGACUUCAAGAGUAAAUGCAGAUUUCAUUUUUUUUUUCCCUUCCAAAAAUUUUACCUUUUAUGAAGCAAUUUUUACUCGUAUACACAUCAUAAUACUGAAAAAAAAAAUAAAGCAAAUGUUGUCUGAUUACACAAAUUGCUCAGUAAAUGUGAAUAUUAAGGACAAUGUUGAAUCAUAUAUAUUACACGUAGAUAGCAAUAGCUAUUAUUUCGGGGAUAUGUUAAAUAAAAUAGAGGAUCUUUUAUCAAUAAAAGAAGUUCCUACCAAUGAUGAAUUUAAUGACGCUUAUGAUGAAUUAAAUUUAUAUGUAAAAAGAAAAGAGAAUGUUGUUGUAGGAGACUCUUUAAAUAUUAUACAUUCUUUAUUUAAUAAAUAUAUCCCAACAAAUAAAGAAAUUUAUGAUAUUUUAAAUGCAUAUUUAUUUUACCCUUUAUAUAAUUCGUAUAUAAAAUAUAUAAAUAACUUUUUUCACAAAAAUUAUAUUAAUAUAUUUAUAUAUGGAAAUUUGUCGAUACCAAAUGAAAUAAAUAUUAAAAAUGAAACUAACUAUGGCAUUAAUACAAAACAUAAUAGUACUAACAGCGUUAAUAAUAAUAACGGGAUGAAUUAUAAUACUUAUAUAAACAAUACACAUACAAUGUAUAAUAAACAUGCUUUAGGAAAAAAUGACAACGUGAUAGAAGACAAAGAAAAUUCUAUUGAAAUACCUCAAAACGGAAUAGGAAUAAAAUAUAUUAUUGAUUUAUGUGAAUCAUUUAUAAGAAACAUAACAAAUAAUGUUAUAAGAAAAAGUGAAUCUACGUACUAUGCAACCAAAUUAAUUAAUAAUGAAGACAUAGAAAUAGAUAUACAAAUUCCAGAUAAAAAUGUUGGUAACAGUUCAAUAACAGUAUCAUAUAUUAUUGAAUCUGAAACAAUAGUAAGCGAUAUGUUAAUUAAUAUUAUUGUUGAUUUAAUUUCAUCAGAUUUUAUUAAAUUUGCUAAAAUAAAGUAUAACGAUGGUUAUACCGUUGAUGUAAAAACAUUAUCCACAAAAUAUGGAUUUGGAGGAAUAAUUUUUGUUAUUCAAAGCUUUGAUAAUGAUGUUGAAAAACUAGAAGAAGAUAUAUGUGGAUUUGUUAAACACUUAACAUUUCAAUUGAUGAAUAUUGAUAUAUACAAUUUAGUAAAAAAGAUGCAAUAUAUGAAAAAACAAUACAUAUUAAAUAAUAGUAUAUUUACCUUUAAUCAAGAAUAUUCAACUAUACUUGAUGAGAUAAUUAAUGGAAAUGAAUGUUUUGAUAAAAAAUACAAAAUUGUAAAAAUAUUUGAUGAAUUAAUUAAUUGUCCCAAAGUAAUUUUAAAUAAAGCAAAUUACAUUUUACAAAAUGCCAAGAAAUUGAUUUUUAAGGAAUAUAAAACAUCUGAUGCACCAAAUAACGUAAAUGAACAAAUGAAUUAUAUCCAUUCCAAUAAAAGAUGUAAUUAUACUAACAAUAAAAAUGAUAUAAUAUCUAAUAUUGAAUUGUCAAAUACCGUGAAUUUCACCAAAGCAACCAAAUUAAAUAACAACGUUCCCAAUUAUAAUGUAUUUAGAAUGAAUAAUAUGCAUAAAAAGGGGAAUUAUAUCAUAAAUGUAUCAAAUUUUCUUGAAAUAAAAAGGAAAGGAUUUGUUCAAUAUGUUAUUGAUUAUUUUAAGAAUCCUUAUAAAUUAAGUUUGAAUCAUAAUAAUUAUUUAGAUUAUAAAAGUUGUGAUGAUGAAAUGGAUAAAGAUAAUUUUCAUGUAUUUCACAAUUUUACAAAUGAUAUAAAUGAAAUAAGAGAAUAUUUUCUUGCAAAAUUUUCGAAUGAUCAAGAAAAUAAAGAAAAGUGUUCGAUAAAUUAUGAAGAAAUAAAGAAACAUUGCUAUGAAGUAAAUGCUAAUACGUAUGAUUAA